UUCAGUCACUAGCAGUCCUCUUUCUUUAGUGAUUGGCAGGCAACCUCUGUAUCAAACAUCCAAAUUUGUUUCGAGGAAGCGAGAAGCUUGAUGUUUCAUGGGAUAAAGGGUUGUAUGAUUCCAAUGUACUGGUGGCUUUUAGGAGACCUAGACCUGAAUGGCGUCCGCAACAGUGCUUCUUCAUACAGUGGAGGUGUAAAUCUUUCUAAAUUGGCUGUUGGUUUAGACUUGAGUGAGCCAGCGAGUUCAAAAUGGAGCAGCACAACCAGCGUAAAGUUUGAGGUACCCGGACAUUACCUUCUUCAGACAUUGUACAUGUGCGUCCGAUUAACGAUGACGGACGGGCGAUAUCAGAGAUCUGGACGGAUUUCCUAUAACAUGCAGAAUUCUCUGCUAUGCAGUGGAAAUACCCAUGACAGUAUGGUAGUUUUAAAGCAAGAAUCCCGGUUUGCAAAGGCUACUGACCAAGGUCUUUCUCAUUUUAGUAUGCAAAUAGAACAAGGUAUUCCGGUUGUGUCCAACUGGCUUAUCUUCAACCGUUUCAAAUUUGUUGCAUCAAAAGGUGUCAGGUUUGGACCGGCUUUUCCCUUAGCAAGCUUGACAGGUGGUUCAAUUGUAGGAGACAUGACACCUUAUCAAGCAUUUGCCAUUGGUGGGCUAGGCAGUGUUCGGGGAUAUGGUGAGGUUGCUGUUGGAUCUGGGCGGUCAUGCCUUGUUGCUAAUACGGAAUUGGCGAACAAGAUGACAGAAGGGACCAUCUUCUUGGAUUGUGGAACAGACCUAGGCUCAAGCCGCCUUGUCCCGGUAAGUUCACUUUACCUUCUCCGAACAAGAACCAUAAAGAAGUUGUUGAGACACGAAAAUGAUAAAGCUGUUGCGGAAUUGGUUUCAGGAAACCCUUCGCUGAGACAAGGGAAGCCGGGGUUUGGGUAUGGAUUCGGGUAUGGGCUACGGUUCAAGUCUCCAUUGGGUCACCUUCAGGUUGACUAUGCCAUGAAUGCUUUCAACCAAAAGACUCUUUACUUCGGUAUCACCAAUCUUGCUUCAUCAACAUAGUCAAAUAGAAUAAAGCAAUCAAGAAAAGCACAUAUUCAGUAACUUGAUUCAAGGAUAUAUUUGCAUUUGCG